AUGGAAGAAGGAAAUCAUUCUAGAAUCUCUGAGUUCAUCCUUCUGGGCCUUUCAGACCAGCCAGAGCAGGAGAGGAUUCUGUUCCUGGUAUUCCUGUUCAUGUACCUGAUCACAGGGCUAGGGAACCUGCUCAUCAUACUGGCCAUCAGAACUGACUCUCAUCUCCACACUCCCAUGUACUUCUUCCUUAGCAACUUGUCCCUGGUUGACAUCUGCUUCACAUCCACCACUGUACCCAAAAUGCUGGCAAAUCAUGUAUCCGGGAAUAAGAUGAUUCCAUACUCUGGGUGCCUGACACAAGUGUUCUUCUUCAUCUGGUUCGCAGGGAUCGACAGUUUCCUCCUCACUGCCAUGGCUUAUGACCGCUAUGUGGCUAUCUGUGCCCCACUCCACUACAGCACAGUCAUGACUCUGAGGGUCUGUGUCCUUCUGCUCAUGGUAUCCUGGUUCUCAGCCUUCAUUAAUGCUCUAACCCACGCCGCCUUGCUGACCCCACUCUCAUUCUGUGGCCACAAUGAAAUCCCUCAUUUCUUCUGUGACCUCAGUCCCUUGCUGAAGUUGGCUUGCUCAGACACCUUCAUCAAUGACCUGAUGGUCUACACAGUGGGAGCACUGCCAAUCAUCACCCCAUUCAUUGGCAUCCUGAUCUCCUAUACUCGCAUUUUCAUGGCCGUGCUGAGGGUCCCAUCUGCGGGUGGAAAGUGGAAAGCUUUCUCUACCUGCGGUUCCCACCUUGCCGUGGUUUCUCUGUUCUACGGAACACUCAUUGGAGUGUACUUCAGCCCCACAUCCACCCGCACAGCCCAAGAGGACACAGUAGCAGCCAUGAUGUACACUGUGGUCACUCCUAUGCUGAACCCUUUCAUCUACAGCCUAAGGAACAAGGACAUGAAAGGAGCCCUGAAGAUUCUCCUCAUCAGGAAACCAGGGCUUCCUCUACGACUAUGA